AGAAAGUUAUUGUGGUGUUUAGCAAAGCAAAUACUGUUAGAUCCUAGAUCUUCCAGUACUGACAGAUUGUGAUUUACAGUUAGUCACAAUGAGGCGAAGCUCAAGUAUCGCUGGAGGCAGCGGUCGGCAGUCUAUGAUGGCACAGAGAGUGCAGGACAGCAACAGGAUGGAUCUUCAAACACCUCAAAGGAAGGACAGAGGUACGUUUGGGAAGCUGAGCGUGAGCAAACCUACACCUGGAACUUCAGAAAAAAGAGUCAGCUUUUUUGGAAAGAGAACUAGUGGGGCUGGAGGUUCACGCAACAGUCAGUAUGGUGUGUUUGGUACAGAAAAGAUCAAAGAUCCCAGGCCACUUCACGACAAGGCAUUCAUCCAACAAUGUAUCAAGCAGCUUUGUGAGUUUCUUGCAGAGAAUGGUUAUGCCCAUAAUGUUUCUAUGAAAUCACUACAGUCUCCAUCAGUUAAGGACUUUUUAAGAAUCUUCACUUUUAUCUAUGGAUUUCUCUGCCCUUCUUAUGAACUGCCUGACUCAAAAUUUGAAGAGGAAAUUCCCAGAGUUUUUAAAGAGCUUGGGUAUCCCUUUCCUUUGUCAAAAAGCUCCAUGUACACAGUGGGAGCACCACACACAUGGCCUCAGAUCGUGACAGCUUUGGUUUGGUUAAUUGAUUGUGUCAAGUUUUAUGCUGCCAUGAGGGAAAACGCACCAUCUUUUGAUGAAGGACAGAACUGGGGAGGGGAGACAGAUGAUGGAAUUGUACAUAAUAAGCUUUUCAUGGACUACUGUGUGAAAUGUUAUGAGCACUUCAUGAAAGGGAAUGAUACUUUUGAAGAACUGGAUGCGGAAGUCCAGUCAAAAUUAAAGGAUUUAUUUAAUAUAGAUGAAUUCCAGAUAGAAGCUUUAGCAGCUGACAACAAAAGACUUCAUGAAGAGAUUGCAAGAUUAGAAAAAGAAAAGGAAAGUGAGCCGGAUCGUAGAGUAACACUUCGAAAUGUGAAAUCAUCUCUUCAAGCUGAUGUCCAGAAAUACCAGGCUUAUUUGGCUAAUUUGGAAUCUCAUAUAGCAAUUCUUGAUCAAAAACUGGAAGGUGUUAAUGAGGAAGUUGAGACAACAGAAAUGGAAGUAGAAGCAACGAAGCAGGAGAAUGCUCGGCUCCAGCACAUCUUUGAUAACCAAAAGUACUCGGUUGCGGACAUUGAGAGAAUACAUCACGAGAGAAAUGAGUUGCAGCAAACCAUUAACAAGCUGACUAAAGAAGUGGAAGCAGAAGAACAUCAGCUAUGGAAUGAAGAGCUAAAAUAUGCUAGGAAUAAAGAGGCGAUUGAAAUGCAACUGUCAGAGUAUCAUAAACUGGCUCGAAAGCUGAAAUUAAUCCCUGUAAGUGCUGAGAAUUCCAAAGGCCAUGACUUUGAGAUUCAGUUUAAUCCUGAGGCAGGACCAAAUUGCCUAGUCAAAUACAGAACUCAGAUUAAGGCUCCCCUUAUGGAGAUCAUAAACCAGACCGAGGAAGAAAUUUUGAAGUUUACUCAACGGAAAAUGACUUUGGAAGAUACUUUGGAACAGGUGAAUGUAAUGGUAGAGGAUAUGAAAAACAGUGUGAAGAUGCUGAAAGAAAAAGAUGAAAAGCUGGAUGAUCUUUAUCAUCAGAAGCUUAAGGAGGAAGAAGAAGAAGAGCAAAAAUGUACAAAUGAACGGGAAUUGUUACAGAAGUAUGAACAGUUACUUGACAGUGGUGUCAAGGAAGGUCUCAGUAAAGACACAAAUGAAUUGCAUGAUCUUCAACGACAAUAUCUAGCUGUUAUGCAAACAACAACAGAAAACAGCAGAAGAGCUGGUGAUAAUUUGAAUCGUCUUUUGGAAAUGAUUGCUACUCAUGUAGUAUCUAUAGAGAAAUAUCUUGAUGAACAGAAUGUAAAAAUUGAGAGAGACUAUGAAGAAUUCAUGUCGGAAGAUCUAUUGUCAAUCUUGACCAGAAUUCGAGAUACUUAUAUAAAGAAAGCUGAAAGUCUGUAAUUACCAGAAAGGUGAAGAUGAAAAUUUUGCAUUUCUGAAGCUCUGACAUGGUGCCUUCUAAAAGGAUGGGUACUUCUGUGUUUAGCAGUGAAACAGGCUUUAAGUGUAAGGAAAUGUAUAUGAACUUUUGUUUUAUUGACACAAAUACAUUAAAGAAGUGAACAGUAUAUUUG